AUGGCAUCGAAUUAUUCCUGUAUCGGUGCUGGAUUCUGUGGAACAGUCUGGGCCCUCUCUGAAGAUGGUCAAGCCGUCAAGCGAGAAGAUGGCGGUCCAAACAGGUCUCUCGCUAACGAUUAUGCUAUGCACCGGAGGAUCCUCCAGAGCUUUACCCGACUGACAGACAUCAAGCGAAGAUUUGGUAUCCACCAGACAUUUCCUCAAGUCCGGGUCUCGGAGUGUCAUCACUUCAUUUCUCCAAACGAUCAGUGGUGGACGGAGAAUCUCCCCCUCUUCCCAUCGCAGUACUCACCCUGCAAUGCCAUUGUCUCAGACCGCAUUCCCCCAUUCGCCGAGCAGAUCAGAAAACUCAUCGUUAACAGAUACUGCAACCCGGCGAUACAAACAGAGAUACUGACAAGCGCUGCCAACAGAGACUGUCUGAUACGGCCAUACCUGGGUAGGCGACGGACGCAGAAGACUGAGGUUAACAGACCCUCGAGAUUUGCAGCAUUCUCACUGAGAAACUACCCACUACACGAAGACCAGAUGGAAGAUAUCGGUAUCCCGACCGAAGACAUGCAGAGCUAUGCGCGUAUGAUGGGUGAAGCAUUAGCAACUCUACACUGGCUCGGCGAGGUGGACGGAAAUGAUAUUGAAUUUGUUCUGGCUCCUCCCCCUUUUCACGAAGAACUAUCCAACACCAACACAAUCACCAAUGUUCUUGGUCGGCAUGCUAUGUGGAUGCUGGACUUCGAUCUAUGUCGACAUAUGCCCAUGGGCGACGCUGGGGUUCAGCAGGCUGUUGCUGCUUUUUGGCGCAAUGACCCGUUCUACCCCCGACCGCAGAGCAAGCUGUGGGCUGAUUUUCGCGAGCAAUACCUGAUGAGUAGCGAAGAGAUCAUUAAUGAGUACAGUCAGGUCGAUAUCGAUGAGCGACUAUCUUUCGCCCGAGAUUUCAUUGGAUUGAUUGAGACGAAAUAG